CCUAGACUAAUGCUCUUGAGCUUGCAACUGUUUUGUUGACAACGUAGUCUGAUCGAGGGACAAAAAUAAUAGUAAUGCGAAAGACCCGCUCGCAGACUCGCACGCAGGCGGAAAAUGCCGCAACAUCCCCAGCGACCGGACACCAAUCCUCGUCGACUGCACCAACAACAAUAAACGCCUUUGAUGCGGGCAAAUACAAGGAAUGUGAGCAAAUGGUGCAGAUGCUCCGAGUCGUAGAGCUGCAAAAAGUCUUGUCGUUCCUUAACAUUUCCUUCGCUGGACGAAAAUCCGAUCUGCAAAGCAGAAUUUUGUCAUUUCUGCGCACCAAUUUGGAGCUGUUGGCCCCAAAGAUUCAAGAAGUUUACGCUCAAUCCGUGCAAGAGCAAAACGCCACGCUGCAAUACAUAGAUCCAACGAGAAUGUACUCGCACAUGCAGAUGCCCCCUUCGGUGCAGCCGAAUUCUGUGGGUCUGGUGGGUGGCGGAUCAGGGCAGGUGCCGGGUGCACAGAUGGCCGCACAGAUGGCCUCACAGAUGCCAACCAAUGUAUUGCCCUUUCUGCAUACGCACAGCAACCAGCUACCCAUACACCCGGAUGUGAGACUGAAAAAGCUUGCCUUCUACGAUGUGCUCGGCACACUGAUCAAGCCAUCGACGCUGGUGCCCCGCAGCACACAGCGCGUCCAAGAGGUGCCUUUCUACUUCACAUUAACGCCCCAGCAGGCCACCGAAAUCGCCUCGAAUCGCGACAUUCGCAACAGUUCGAAGGUGGAGCAUGCCAUUCAAGUUCAGCUGCGCUUCUGCCUGGUGGAGACUUCAUGCGACCAAGAGGACUGCUUCCCCCCCAAUGUGAAUGUCAAAGUGAACAACAAAUUGUGUCAGCUGCCUAAUGUCAUUCCAACAAAUCGACCAAAUGUGGAGCCGAAACGUCCGCCACGACCCGUGAACGUUACCUCCAAUGUGAAGCUAUCGCCAACCGUUACCAACACCAUAAUGGUUCAGUGGUGUCCCGACUACACGCGCAGCUACUGCCUGGCGGUUUAUCUGGUGAAGAAACUCACAUCCGCACAGCUGCUGGUGCGGAUGAAGAGUAAGGGCGUGAAGCCGGCAGAUUACACUCGAGGCCUAAUUAAGGAAAAGUUAACAGAAGAUGCCGACUGUGAAAUAGCCACCACAAUGCUGAAGGUAUCGCUCAACUGCCCGCUGGGAAAGAUGAAGAUGCUGUUGCCGUGCCGAGCUUCGACGUGUUCGCACUUGCAGUGCUUCGACGCCAAUCUCUACCUGCAAAUGAACGAGCGCAAGCCCACCUGGAACUGCCCGGUGUGCGAUAAGCCGGCCAUAUAUGAUAACUUGGUUAUCGAUGGUUAUUUCCAGGAGGUGCUGGACUCAACGCUGCUAAAGAGCGACGACACCGAAAUUCAACUGCAUCAAGAUGGCUCCUGGAGUACCCCGGGCCUACGUAGCGAAGCUCAAAUCUUGGAUACACCCUCCAAACCCGUUCAAAAGGUUGAGGUGAUAUCUGAUGAUAUAGAGCUGAUCGCGGACGAUACCAAGCCAGUGAAGAGUGAUUUGUCCCCGGCACCGGAUGACCAGCCAACGUCAACGUCGAACAGUGAAACUGUUGAUCUGACGUUAAGCGAUUCCGACGACGACAUGCCUCUGGCCAAGCGUCGUCCACCUGCAAAGCAAGCCGCCGCUAGUUCCACUGCCAAUGGUAAUGGUAAUGGUGGUGGCGGCCAACGUGCCUAUACCCCGGCACAGCAGGCCCAACAAUCUGUUGCUGGAAGUUCGGGUUCGUCUCUAUAUAAACGUGUCAAUUUACAGGAAUGGUUGCGCUCACGUAAACGUAAUCUGAGGUCAGUCGGCGGCAAGGAUGGUGCUUCCGGUUUGAGGCAUCCAAACGUGGGUUGAUGAGCUAGAGUCCAUAUAUAUUCGAUUAAUUUAGUCACUUUCUGUUCUUUUACUAUGUAUUGUACGUUAUUUAUUGUCACUCGCCGAAAGUAAUUUAUACAAUUUAUACCCCCACCCCCAUCGACAUCAAAUAAAAUUGUAUUUAUCUUAGCAGAUCCGACCGUCAGGGUUAGUUGAGGGUUUUAUUUUGUGUCGAUCCUUUUUUGGUUUUGUUUUGUCAAAUUGUUGUUGAUAUGAUGAUUAUGUAAUUGUACUAAUCGAAGUAACUGUGCAUUUCUUGUCUUUUCUUCUCUCUUUCUCUCUCUUCUUUCUCCACUCCGCUGCUCUCUCAUUUCGGGUAUCGUUUGCCUACCUAUGCACAUAUAUGCGGCUGCCGAUGCGUAGAAUCCCCAGACCAGCAGCAAAUAAUGGCACAUCAGUCGUCUGAGUCGCAGCAAAUGUUAGAUCUAGAAC